AUGCCGCCUUACCUUAACGAUAUUCUUCACACCUGGCGACAUGACCGUCGCGCGCGCGCCCAGAGCGAUGAUAUCAAUCUGGGUGACUCUUCUGAUGAUCUUUCGGGUGAUUUAGAGGGUGUUGACUUCGCGGACUUCAUGCCUCCGCUCGAUACAGAAGAGCAGCACUUGCCGCCACUGCCUGCUGUAGAGCAUGAAGCCAACGAGUCUUCCGCUCGUGAUGCCGGCGCGCCUCCUCGCAGCGUUCGUGAUAAUGUUGUUGUUCAAAGGCCCAAGAAGAAGAAGAAGAAGAAGAAGAAGAAGAAGACGAAGAAGACGACAACGGCGACGAAGAUAACGAGGAGGAGGAGGAGAUGGAAGACGCCGCGCCGUCUAGCCGGCCGGCUGCUGAGCGUGGCGUGCCGGCGCUGCGCGCCGACACAGAGCAGAGCCGUGGCCCUGCGCUGUCUGUAU